GCCUCUGCCAGAUGGACCACUGCCUUUGGCUGGCAAAAGGGAAGACCUCUACUUCCCCACAGGAGCAUCGCUGGGCUUGAAGCUGCGUAACGGCGCUGGAGCCCUGGAGGCGAAGCGUCGCCUGCGCCGAAGUAAGGAGGGCGUGGAGCUUUGGGUCAAGACUCUGCACGAAGGUUGUACAGCUGCCUCAUCGCAUGGCCCGCGCCUAGAGCUCGCUGCUGCGAAGGAGCUGGAGUUGGCUCCAGAGGAAGUGGAGAGUAUCGGAACUGCGGAGCUGCCGAUGUUGGUUCGGUGCCGCAAGAGCCGCAGGAUCACAGACUUCGGCGAGGAGGUUGACUGCGUUUUCAUCGCGGAGACGGACAUGUCCGUGGUGCUUGCAGAAAGAUACCAGAGCAUCUCCGUGGAGUCGCCACGCCUGGAGGACAUCGGCCCCAUUGUGCAGCAGCUGGGGCCGGUUCCAGAAGGGGCCAUUGUCGCGGGCUAUCCUGCCAUCGUUCAGGCUGUUGCGGAUCGGGCCAACAGCGGGCUCGGCUACGAAACAAGCGUUGCUGUCCUGCGUGCUGGAGCAUCAGUAAUCUUUGCAUGCCGCAAUGAGAAGAAGGCUACAGCAGCCAUGAAGGCUGCAGCAGCCGCUGCAGGCUUCGCUGCGGGCCAGCGAUAUUUCCUGCAGGGCUCUUGUUGGUAG